CUGCUUCGCACACUAAUGGCAGGAGAUGGCACUCUAUCAACUGUGACACACAUUAUUGUGGAUGAAGUACAUGAGAGGGAUAGGUUCAGUGACUUCUUGUUAAUAAAACUGAGAGAUGUGUUGCAAAACCAGACGAAUUUAAAACUGGUUGUUUCUAGUGCUGCUCUAGAUGCAGAUCUCUUCAUGAGAUAUUUUGGAAAUUGCCCACUAAUACACAUACAAGGAAAACCAUUUGAAGUUAAAGAGAUGUUUUUGGAGGACAUUUUACGAAGCACUGGGUAUACAAACAAAGAGAUGGUAAAGUAUGAAAAAGAGAAACAGCAAGAAGAAAAACAGCAAAGCACUCUCAGUGAGUGGUGUUCUGUCCAAGAAAAUAAUAGCAAACUGGUACCUCGGAGACAAAAAUCUGUCCCAAGUGCAACCAGUGAGUGCAAUCUGUUGGAUGACGGUGGUGACACAGUAUUUAAUCAACUGACUGAAAAAGAUGCAAAUUGCCUUGAACCAUGGCUAAUAACAGAAAUGGAUUCUUGUCUUUCUGACAUCUGGUUGCAUAAAGAUAUUGAUUCCUUUGCUCAGGUGUUCCAUCUCAUUUUAACUGAAAAUGUCAGUGUUGAUUACAGGCACAGUGAAACCAGUGCAACUGCACUAAUGAUUGCUUCAGGGAGAGGUUUUCUGAGUCAAGUAGAACAACUGAUCAGUAUGGGAGCAAAUAUUCACUGCAAAUCAUCCAAUGGCUGGAUGGCUUUGGACUGGGCUAAGCACUUUGGGCAGACAGGGAUUGUUGACCUGUUGGAGUCCUACAGCGCUUCAGUGGAAUUUGGAAAUCUGGAUGAAAGUUCCCUGGUCCAAACAAAUAGUAGUGAUCUUAGUGUGGAGGAGAGAGAACUGUUGAAAGCUUAUCAUCACAGUUUUGAUGAUGAAAAAGUAGAUCUGGAUCUGAUUAUGCACUUGCUUUGUAAUAUCUGUCAGAGUUACGAUGCUGGAGCAAUUUUAAUAUUUCUUCCUGGAUAUGAUGAGAUAGUCAGCCUGAGGGACCGUAUUCUUCUUGAUGACAAGAGAUUUGCUGAUAAUGCUCACAGAUACCAAGUUUUCAUGCUUCAUUCAAAUAUGCAGACUUUGGAUCAGAAGAAGGUGCUUAAAAGUCCACCUGCUGGUGUCCGCAAAAUAAUCCUUUCUACUAAUAUUGCAGAAACCAGCAUAACAGUCAAUGAUGUUGUAUUUGUUAUUGACUCAGGCAAGAUGAAAGAGAAGUCUUAUGACGCACUGAAUUGUGUUACAAUGCUAAAAAUGGUGUGGAUUUCAAAAGCAAGUGCUAUCCAGAGAAAAGGCAGGGCUGGACGCUGUCAGCCUGGAAUCUGUUUUCGUCUCUUCAGCAAGCUCCGGUUUCAGAAUAUGUUGGAAUUUCAGACCCCAGAACUUCUAAGAGUGCCACUUCAGGAGCUUUGUUUACACACAAAACUUCUGGCUCCAGUUAAUUGUCCUGUUGUUGACUUUCUUAUGAAAGCUCCUGAUCCUCCACCAGCUUUAAUUGUGAGAAACGCUGUGCAAAUGCUUAAGACCAUAGAUGCCAUGGACCCUUGGGAAGAUCUCACUGAACUUGGUUAUCAUCUCACUGAAUUACCAGUAGAGCCACACCUUGGUAAAAUGGUCUUGUGUGGUGUUGUUUUGAAGUGUCUGGAUCCUAUUCUCACUAUUGCUUGCACUCUUGCAUAUCGAGACCCUUUUGUCCUGCCUGCGUUGGCCUCUCAAAAGCAUGCAGCCAUGCUGUGUAGAAAACGUUUUGCUGCAGGAACAUUUAGUGAUCAUAUGGCACUUCUCAGGGCUUUCCAGGCAUGGCAGAAGGCACGUAGUGAUGGAUGGGAGAGAGCCUUCUGUGAAAAGAACUUUCUGUCUCAAGCCACAAUGGAAAUCAUCAUAGGAAUGAGAACACAGUUGCUUGGCCAGCUUAGAGCCUCAGGUUUUGUUAGAGCCAGAGGAGGAGCUGACAUUAAAGAUGUUAAUACUAACUCUGAAAACUGGGCUGUAGUUAAAGCUGCCUUAGUGGCUGGGAUGUACCCCAAUCUGGUGCAUGUAGACAGAGAAAACUUGGUUUUGACUGGACCGAAGGAGAAAAAAGUACGAUUUCAUCCUACCUCUGUUCUUAGUCACCCUCAGUUUAAGAAGAUUUCCCCAUCAAAUGGGCAAGCUGCAGUCAUUCAGGCACUCCCUACAGACUGGCUUAUAUAUGAUGAAAUGACAAGAGUUCACAGGAUAGCAAAUAUCAGAUGCUGUUCUGUCAUAACACCUGUCACUGUGUCACUGUUUUGUGGACCAGCUAGAUUACCAAGUAGUGCUUUGCAGGAACCUUCUUCUCUCCGAGGGGAUGGGAUAUCUAAUGAUAACAGUGAUAGUGAGAUGGAGGACCAAACAGCUGCUAAUUUGGCACUACUGAAGCUAGAUGAAUGGCUCCAUCUUAAACUAGACCCUGAAGCUGCUGGUUUGCUGUUUCAGCUCAGACAGAAGUGGCAUAGCUUAUUUCUGCGUCGCAUGCGAGCUCCUUCUAAACCCUGGUCUCAAGUUGAUGAAACAACUGUACGAGCAAUUAUAGCUGUUUUAACUAGUGAAGAACAGUCUGCAGGUUUGCUGCAGCCUUCAGGAAUUGGUCAGAGGCCAAGACCCAUGGCUUCUGAAGAACUUCCUUUAGCACCUGCUUGGAGGUCAAUCAACACUAGAAAAAGCUCAGCAGAAACUGGAUUAUCUGGUGACUCCUUUAAUGCCGAAAAAGUUUUAAUGAAAUGUACGCCUCCUGCAAUUCACCAACCAAAAAGGUACAAAGAAAAGAAUAUUUUGCGCUCCAAACGAACUCCAGAGGACAAGUCAGAUCAGUCAUCAGUGAAGUCUACAGAGAGCAGUAGCUAUCCUAGCCCCUGUGCUAGUCCUUCUUCUUCGAUAUCUGGAAAGGGUUCUAAAUCUCCUACACGAAAACCAUAUACACCAGUUCGAUACUUUAUAAUGAAAAGUAGCAAUUUGCAAAACAUUAAUAUUUCUCAACAGAAGGGUGUAUGGUCUACUACAGCAAGUAAUGAACGAAAACUAAAUAGAGCUUUUUGGACAAGCAGCAUGGUAUACUUAAUAUUUUCUGUUCAGGGAUCUGGACGCUUUCAGGGUUUUGCCAGAAUGGCUUCAGAGAUAGGUUGUGACAAAAGUCAAGACUGGGGAUCUGCUGAUUUUGGAGGUGUGUUUAAGGUGGAGUGGAUCCGAAAAGAAAGCAUUCCUUUUCAGUUUGCUCACCACUUGCUCAACCCUUGGAAUGACAAUAAGAAAGUACAAAUAAGCAGAGAUGGCCAGGAGCUGGAACCACAAGUUGGAGAGCAUUUGAUACAGCUUUGGGACCGUAUUCCAUUGGCAGGAAAAAAAAUCAACUGAUUGAACAUGUCGAGGAAUGUGAUAGAGGUAGUUACUUCAUGCCUUACCUGCCUGCUUUGUUAGAGGAAACAUUAUCUAUAUCCAAUGCAUCAGAAGAAGGCUUAGUACUAAAUAUCCUUUUCCUUUAGA